AUGGAUGUCUCUAUCUCAUUUCAAAUCUGUCAUCAUACAUUUCAUGAUUAUUAUCUCAUCAUUUACCAAUUACUCUCUUUCACGUUAAUUUCUUUUCUCUCCCCCUCUUUCUUUCUACAUUUAUUUACCUUAUGUCAAAUCCAUGAUUGUUUUCUAUCCCUUCAUCAUUCUGUUUCUCUCUCUUUUUUUUAUCACCAUAUCUUAACUUCUUUCUUUCUCCUCAUUACAUCUUUCUUUCUUCUCCUUUUUUACUCAACUUUCUCUCUCUUCCACUCCCCCAUGAUAUUUUCCUCUUUUCAACAUUUUCUAUCUUUUCUCUUUAUUUAUCCCUACUUUACUUUCUUUCUUUUCCUCCCUAAUUGUUUCCAACUCUCCUUUUUUUUCAUUUACCUCUGUCUUCCACUUGCACUCUCCCAUGAUCUUUUUGUCUCUACUUCAGUCUCUUUUUAUUUACACUUCUUCGACGUUUUCUUUUUUUUCUCCCUAAUUUUUUCUGAUUCUUUUUUCACUCUCCUCCACUUUUUCUCUUUCAUGAUCCUUUUCUCUUUCUUCAACAUUUUUAUCUCCAUCUAUUCAUUAGACUCAUCUUAUUUCUUUCCUUUUGGCUGCUUUCACUCUUCAUCUCUUUUCAUCUCUCAUCCUUUUCCUAACAUCAUUAUUUCUCUCUCAGCCUCAUUUUCUUUCAUUCUUUUAUCUCUCCAUUUCUCAACAGCAUUCUUUUCUUCUUCCCUUUUUCUACAUCCUGUGUUUCACUUUCCUUCUCUCCUUCCUCCCCACUGA